AUGAACGAAGAAGAGGAGCCUUCGUGGCUAUCAGGCAAAAACGAUCACUUGCACCGAAAGGCCGUGUUAUCCGAAGAAGCCUCAGAAUCAGAGCCCUUGUUGUUUGGUUCUGGUCCAAUUCCUCUGGAAGGCGAAGUGAAAACCCCAACUCCCAUGGUAGCUGAUGAUGAUGAUGACGAAGAAGCCCAGUCUGGUUCGAACAACAAGUAUGGAUCCCUCGGCAAUACCAAAGAGGCGUCUUCGGUAGCUAGCAGUUCCACUCGAGAUAACAGCAACAAAAAGAAGAAAAGCAAGCAGUCCAAGAAAAAGAAGACGGACGUACCGCCCAAGAGUAUUUUUGAUGAAUACAACAACACUGAACCCUUUCACGACGACGACAAAGACGACAGUUCCGUGAUUACAGGAGAUGACACCCACACCGCAUUGACCUUGGACACAAAACCUCACAUGCCCAAACGAAACUGGUGUGUGGAAUACUUCCGUGUCGUAUCGACCAUUACGGGAAUAUCCUCUCUCGGAUUGCUGGCGACGCAAAUGAUACCCCUCUUCUUUGCCCCUCUCAAGAGCCAAGGAUACUUUGAUUUGGCCUUGAAAUUCUACGUGUCGCUAUUCUGCAUUCUAUUCCUCUUGGUGGAAUCCAAUGCCCCCAUACCCUUUCUCCGCAAUUCACCUAUCUUGCAAACGUUUAUUUCGAGGGGAUUUCUCUAUUCCUUCUUGGGGCUCAUUUGUUUGGAAGAAGCCUACUCGGAGCGAGUCAAGACUAUGGUGUCGGCUCAUGCGGAUCAAUUCCAUGUGGCGUGGGCAUCCUUAUUCAUGCAGAUUUCGGCCUGGUUCAUCUUUGGCUGUGGAAUCUGGUACAUGCUCAUGGGAUUCUGUUGUUUGAAACGAUUGAGAGACAGAGUGAAAAAGAAGGAUCGGCAAGUAUGGAUCAAAUAUAGAAAGGAUUUGAAAGAGUGGAAACGAAUGAAUUGA